UCAGCAAUGGAGCGUGCAAAACACCAGUGAGCUUCUGUGUUGCUGGAGGGUCGGCUUUGGGCGGAAGUGGCUUUGUUGACCGGGAGAAACGAGAUGGGGGUGAAGCUGGAGAUAUUUCGGAUGAUAAUCUACCUCACUUUCCCUGUGGCUAUGUUCUGGGUUUCCAAUCAGGCCGAGUGGUUUGAGGACCAUGUCAUACAGCGCAAGAGGGAGCUGUGGCCACCUGAGAAGCUUCAAGAGAUAGAGGAGUUCAAAGAGAGGUUACGGAAGCGGCGGGAGGAGAAGCUCCUUCGCGAUGCCCAGCAGAACUCCUGAGGCCUCCAAGUGGGAGUUCUAGCCCCUCCCUGAUGAAAUAUACAUAUACUCAGUUCUUUGUUACUUA